UUAAUCACUACUGCACCGCAGAGCUCUCUCCGAGUCUCCAUAGCAUCAUCAAUGGCGUUGAGGCUAGGGAUGCUAAAAGCCGCCAGCGGCAACAACGGUUAUACGUUAGGGUUCUUAAGGUGGACCCACGUGGCAGCCAUGCCUCCACCAUUGGAUGGGUCCAUUAACAACGCGAUUGCACCUCCACAGAUGGUUUUACCCGAGUUCAACCCGAAUCAUGACAAUAGCAAUAGCAGCUAUGACAACAACUUAGAGUUUGGGUUUCUUCCUAGUUUCUCUUUCGGUGGAUCCAUGGAUUUGAUGGCCGUUCCUAAAAAGAAGGUUUCUCGUCAUAAGAGAGGCAUAAGAAACGGACCAAAGGCUUUGAAACCAACUCCAGUGAUUAUUCGUUGCAGGAGUUGUGGUAGAGUUAAGCUGCCACACUUCUACUGUUGCAGUGGAGAAAGGGGGAACGCUGGUGAGCAAAAUAAUUAAGCAAAACAGCUUUCAGUUAUAUGUCAGCUUAGACUUUUAGUGAACUCCAGAAUUUGAUUUUCAUAUGUAGCAAUAUGAAUGGAUGUUUUCUUAUUGAUAAAAAAAAAAAAUAUGAAUGGAUGUUUUCCUCGGAA